AUCAUAAAGAACAAAAUUUUUUAACUUUUAGAGAGAGAAAACUUAGAGAGAGAGAGACUCUCUUCACCAGAGAAGCUGCUUCAACCUUUUUUGCCUUCGUUUAUAAACAAUCUCGUCUUACUUUUCUACAGAGAGAAAGGAAGGAGAAGAAGCUUUGAAGAAGCUUUGUCAAUAUUUGGUCUUCUUCUUUCUUACCCAUCAACGGUUUCAAUCCGAUCUAGCUCUUCCGAGUUCGGUUCCGUUUCUCUCGGACGAGUUUGCGGCUGAGGAAGAUCUUUUGAGGGGUUUUUGUUGAUACCCUUUUGUGAACUUCAGCUCUGGUGGCUUUGUGUUUGGCUAUUUCAGCUGUUGAAGCUUUGUGGGUACUUGUUUGUUUGCUCCGAUCUGGCUCGCCGAGUCUUUGGUUCCUUUUGACUCUUUUCUUUAUUGGAUGAGUUAACGCGGAAGAUCUCUGUUUACAAUCACCAUGAGUGGACCAGUUAACAUCAUUGUAGGUUCUCAUGUCUGGAUUGAAGACCCAAAACUAGCUUGGAUUGACGGUGAAGUUUUCCGCAUCAAUGGCGAGGAAGUUCAUGUCCGGGCUACCAAUGGGAAAACAGUUGUUACCAAUAUAUCAAAGAUAUUCCCCAAGGAUACUGAAGCACCUGCUGCAGGUGUAGAUGACAUGACAAAGCUGUCAUACUUGCAUGAACCUGGAGUUCUGAGCAACUUGGCGACCAGAUAUGAACUCAACGAAAUCUAUACAUACACUGGAAAUAUACUUAUUGCAAUAAAUCCAUUCCAAAGAUUACCUCAUCUUUAUGAUACUCACAUGAUGGAACAAUACAAAGGAACUGGAUUUGGAGAACUAAGUCCUCAUGUCUUUGCAGUUGCUGAAGUGGCAUACAGGGCAAUGAUUAAUGAAGGAAAAAGCAAUUCAAUUCUAGUUAGCGGAGAAAGUGGUGCUGGUAAGACCGAGACCACGAAGAUGCUCAUGCGGUAUCUUGCAUACCUUGGAGGUCGAUCUGGAGUGGAAGGGCGAACUGUUGAACAACAAGUCCUAGAAUCCAAUCCUGUUCUUGAAGCAUUUGGAAAUGCAAAAACUGUUAGGAACAAUAAUUCAAGUCGCUUUGGUAAAUUUGUUGAGAUCCAAUUUGAUAAGAGUGGGAGAAUAUCUGGGGCAGCUGUUCGAACUUAUUUGCUUGAAAGGUCUCGAGUAUGUCAGAUCUCGGAUCCUGAAAGAAAUUAUCAUUGCUUUUACCUUCUCUGUGCAGCUCCUCCUGAGGAAAGGGAGAAGUAUAAAUUAGCAGACCCUAAAUCCUUCCACUACUUAAAUCAAUCUAACUGCUUUGAGUUGGAUGGAGUGAACGAUGGCCAUGAAUAUCUUGCAACCAGAAGGGCUAUGGAUGUAGUUGGAAUCAGCGAGGAGGAGCAGGAGGCAAUUUUUAGGGUUGUAGCUGCAAUUUUGCAUCUUGGAAAUAUUGAAUUUGCAAAGGGAGAGGAAAUUGAUUCUUCAGUCAUUAAGGAUGAAAAAUCCAGAUUCCAUCUUAAUACCACUGCCGAACUGCUUAAGUGUGAUGCAAAGAGUUUGGAAGAAGCACUGAUUCAACGUGUUAUGGUAACUCCAGAAGAGGUUAUAACUCGAACUCUUGAUCCUGUGGCUGCUUUGGGUAGUAGGGAUGCCUUGGCUAAAACGAUUUAUUCACGACUCUUUGAUUGGCUCGUGGAGAAGAUUAACAAUUCAAUUGGGCAAGACCCAAAUUCUAAGUCAUUGAUUGGAGUUCUGGAUAUUUAUGGAUUUGAGAGUUUUAAAUUCAACAGCUUUGAACAGUUCUGCAUCAAUUUUACAAAUGAAAAACUGCAGCAACAUUUCAAUCAGCACGUUUUCAAAAUGGAGCAGGAGGAAUAUACCAAAGAGCAAAUCAAUUGGAGUUAUAUCGAGUUUGUUGAUAACCAGGAUGUCUUGGAUCUGAUUGAAAAGAAACCAGGAGGAAUUAUCGCACUUCUGGAUGAGGCCUGCAUGUUUCCCAAAUCUACACACGAAACAUUUGCUCAGAAGUUAUACCAGACUUUCAAGAACAACAAGCGCUUCAUUAAGCCUAAGCUAUCUCGUACUAGUUUUACAAUAUCUCAUUAUGCUGGAGAGGUGACUUAUUUGGCAGAUCUAUUUUUGGACAAAAACAAAGACUAUGUGGUAGCAGAACAUCAGGCCCUCUUGACAACUUCAAAAUGCUCGUUUGCGAGAGCUUUGUUUCCUCCGCAACCAGAGGAAACAGCAAAAUCCUCAAAAUUUUCUUCCAUUGGUUCACGUUUUAAAUUACAACUUCAAUCUUUAAUGGAGACCUUAAAUUCAACAGAACCUCACUACAUCAGAUGUGUAAAGCCAAAUAAUGCGCUCAAGCCUGCUAUUUUUGAGAACUCAAAUGUUAUCCAACAAUUACGUUGUGGUGGUGUCCUUGAAGCAAUUAGGAUCAGCUGUGCUGGAUAUCCUACCAGAAGAACAUUUUACGAGUUCCUCCUACGUUUUGGGGUACUUGCACCAGAAGUUUUGGAUGGAAACUAUGAUGACAAGUUAGCAUGCCAGAUGAUCCUGGAUAAAAUGGGUUUGAAAGGUUAUCAGAUUGGUAAGACAAAAAUCUUCCUGAGGGCUGGGCAGAUGGCUUCUCUGGAUGCAAAGAGAACAGAGGUGCUUAGCAACGCUGCCAGAACAAUUCAGAUGCAAAUUAGAACAUUUAUUGCACGCAAGGAGUUUGUUGCGUUACGGAAAGCUGCUAUACAUGUGCAAUCAUUUACUCGAGGUGUUUUGGCUCGAAAAUUAUUUGAGCAGUUGCGACGGGAAGCAGCAGCUUUAAAGAUCCAGAAGUGUUUCAAGCGAUAUAUUGCCAGGAAAUCAUACUUAGAUUUGCUCUCAUCUGCAAUCACAUUGCAAACAGGGUUAAGGGCAAUGAAGGCUCGUGAUGAAUUCAGAUUCAGAAAGCGUACCAAGGCAGCAAUUAUCAUUCAGGCACAUUUGCGUUGUCACAUGGCGUAUUCUUACUAUACGAGACUCCAAAAGGCUGCAUUGUACACGCAGUGUGGUUGGAGGCGAAGGGUUGCACGAAAGGAGCUAAGAAAACUGAAAAUGGCUGCAAGGGAAACUGGUGCUCUCAAAGAAGCAAAAGACAAAUUAGAAAAACGUGUAGAAGAACUUACAUGGCGCUUGCAACUUGAGAAGCGGCUGAGGACUGAUCUGGAAGAGGAGAAAGCCCAAGAAAUUGCCAAAUUACAAGAUGCUUUACACAGUAUGCAAUUACAAGUUGAAGAAGCAAAUGCUCAAGUUAUCAAAGAGCGAGAGGCUGCUCGGAAAGCUAUUGAAGAAGCACCUCCAGUUGUCAAGGAAACUCCAGUUUUUGUUGAGGAUACUGAAAAAAUCAAUUCAUUAAUGGCUGAGGUGGAGAGUUUGAAGGCUUCGCUGCUGGCAGAAAAAUCGUCAGCUGAAGAAGCUAGAAAAGCUUGUACAGAAGCUGAAGCCAAAAAUGUGGAGCUGACUAAAAGACUUCAAGAUGCAGACCAGAAGGUGGAUCAACUUCAGGAGUCGGUGCAGAGGCUUGAAGAGAAGCUUUCAAAUUCAGAAUCAGAGAACCAGGUACUUCGUCAACAAGCCUUGACGAUGUCACCAACAGGAAAAGCUUUAUCUGCAAGACCGAAGUCAAUGAUUAUUCAGAGGACACCAGAGAAUGGAAAUAUUCCACAUGGAGAGGCCAAAGUAUCAUCGGAUACAACUCUUGCAUUAUCGAAUGUACGUGAGCCCGAAUCAGAGGAAAAACCACAGAAAUCACUUAAUGAGAAGCAGCAGGAGAACCAGGAUCUGCUAGUGAAGUGCAUAUCUCAAGAUUUGGGAUUUUCUGGAGGCAAACCCAUUGCUGCUUGUGUCAUAUAUAAAUGUCUUCUUCACUGGAGGUCGUUUGAAGUUGAAAGAACCAGCAUAUUCGAUCGAAUCAUUCAAACAAUAGCUUCAUCCAUAGAGGUCCAGGAUAACAAUGAUGUAUUAACUUAUUGGUUAUCUAAUACAUCCACGUUGUUGUUGCUUCUCCAACAUACUCUCAAAGCUAGUGGAGCUGCUAGCUUGACUCCUCAAAGGAGGAGAACUAGUUCAGCUUCUCUUUUUGGAAGGAUGUCUCAAGGAUUAAGGGCAUCUCCACAAAGUGCUGGACUAUCAUUUCUUAAUGGUCGGGGGCUUGGUAGAUUGGAUGAUUUUCGGCAGGUUGAGGCGAAGUAUCCAGCACUGUUGUUUAAGCAGCAGCUUACAGCGUUUUUGGAGAAAAUAUAUGGAAUGAUAAGAGACAACCUAAAGAAAGAGAUUUCGCCCUUACUUGGAUUAUGCAUUCAGGCUCCUAGGACAUCCCGGGCGAGCUUAGUGAAAGGACGCUCCCAAGCAAAUGCUAUGGCUCAGCAAGCCUUAAUUGCACAUUGGCAAAGCAUUGUGAAAAGCUUAAAUAAUUAUUUGAAGAUCAUGAAAGCAAACUAUGUACCUCCAUUCUUGGUCCGCAAAGUUUACACUCAGAUAUUCUCAUUUAUUAAUGUUCAACUAUUUAACAGCCUUCUUUUGCGGCGCGAGUGUUGUUCGUUCAGCAAUGGAGAGUAUGUGAAAGCUGGCUUGUCUGAAUUAGAACAAUGGUGCUCUGCAGCAACUGAGGAGUAUGCCGGGUCUGCCUGGGAUGAACUAAAGCACAUUAGGCAGGCUGUUGGAUUCCUUGUUAUACAUCAAAAACCCAAAAAGACAUUGAAUGAGAUAACAAAAGACCUAUGUCCUGUGCUUAGCAUUCAACAGUUAUAUAGGAUCAGUACAAUGUACUGGGAUGACAAAUAUGGCACGCAUAGCGUCUCUUCGGAAGUUAUUUCAAGUAUGCGAAUUCUGAUGACUGAAGACUCCAACAAUGCUAUUAGCUCAUUCCUGUUGGAUGAUGACUCUAGUAUACCAUUUUCUGUGGAUGAUAUUUCCAAAACAAUGAAACAAGUAGAUGUAACAGACAUAGAUCCUCCAUCGCUGAUACGAGAGAACUCCGGGUUCGGGUUUUUGCUUCAACGUGCAGAGUAAUGCCCUAUGCUGAUCAUGGUUUAUCAGGGUGAGAAUCUUGUCUGCUUUAGCACGACAAACUGCGCGUCAACUCUGUGCAUAUACUCAUUGUUUGUCACCAUUCCAUGUGUAUAGUUAUAUUAAAUUCUGUCGACCUAGCGACCGAGUUCGAAUGGUUGUCUUGGUUGAAUUUAUUUUGCCUCAUGUUAUAUCGACAUCGAGAGGGUAUUUGUUGUCCAGAAGCCAUGUCACCGAGCGUGAUCAUGUGCUACCAUGGAAGCAAACACGAGUCUAGAAAACCCAGAAAAUGAUCACCAUUACAGUGGUCUUUCUUAUAUUCAUUUGGUUUUUUUUCUAAGGUCCGUAGUCCUUGGGUGUAAUGGCUGUUUUUUAGGCCUCUUUUUUGGGUUAGAUUGUGGAAGCAAUUUGUAUUUAGUGUGAUGUAAUUUUUCAUUUUUUCCGGAAGAAGUAGGAACAAGAACGAUAGCAUCUCCUCAUUGUACUUUUUUUUCUUUUUUGGGUUUUUAGUACAGUAUUUUGUGAUUUUGUUGCUCAUAUGUCUUAGUACUUUUAAGGCACCAAGAAUAAAAAGGCUGGCAAUUAUUACAUAUUAA